UCCGUACUCAAGGCUACUACGACGCCCGCAGCAGCCAUGUCCCACAAGAAGGUUGGAUUCCGGGACGACUCCCCUUCGGGUGCAUCCCACUACUCGGAUCACCAGAGGAGCGAUUCCGGGGUCGGUUCUCUAAGUGGUAGCGACUGCGGUGUUCCCAACAGUGAUCGUACCUACACACCCCGUGAUUACGACGACCAUCGGGACGCUCGUGAGAUUCUGCGCCUCAAGAAUGAGUUGACGCAGGCAGAGGACAAGAUCAAAGAUCUCCAGGCCAAAAUCCAACACCUUGAACGACUUCAGGUAUCCCACAGCCAGCUCAAGAUCACUCACAAGGAGGUCAUUCAGAGUGAGGCUACACUGCAAGCACAACUGGACGCGAAGCAGAAUGAGAACGAGGUCCUAUCCGAUCAACUCACCGAGCUAAAGUCCAAGAAUACCGAGCUAGUGCAAAAGAACAAGGAUCUUACGAGCGAAAACACGCAGCUCAAGGAGGAAAACAAGAAGCUGCGGGAACUCGAAGACGCCAAGAAAGCCACGGAACUAAAGGACCCCAAAGAGUCGAGCGAAUCCGUCGAUUCCGAGAAGAUGAAGAGACCCCGGCGCAAGAGCAUGUCCAUGCCCCCGCCAUCCGACUCAUCGGAGGACAGGAGACCUCGCCGAAGCUCGAGCCGACGUGCUCCACAUAGAGAACACGAGAAGUUGGACAUGGACAGUGAGUGGGAGCGACAGCUAGAGAGGGAGCGACAACUGGCACUGGCACACGAACGACCGGUCAUUGACGAGGAGAAGGAGCGUCUCCGCAGCCGCUUCCGCACUCGGGGUGACGACAACGAUGCCAAGAGCAGCAGCCAGUCUCUCCCAUCUCUCCCGCCGGCCACCAUCAGAGGCCAGCCACGGAACAGCCAGCGUGAUAGCUACAUUGAAUCUUCUGGUCGCGGUGCACCCAGACCACAGGUUCCAGGCCCUCAGCUCGUGUCGGCGAGAGAUGCCUACGACUACGCCUAUAAUGCGCCCUCUUAUCCGGCACCACAGUACGCGAGCAUCCGCGAGCCAAGCUCUGCUGUUCCUCGGGCUGUGGCACAUCAUCCAGCAGUCUAUGUCCAGGCGCCUGCUGGCUACGUUGACAACCGGUAUCCCACCGAUGAUGACUUCCGUUAUCAACAGGCGAUCGCUAGCGCAAAGAUGCCGCGGAGGUAA